AUGGGUGACUAUUAAGGGGAAUAUAUCUAGUAAUAUCUUUGCAAUAUCAAUUUAAGAAAAAAAAUCAAGGAACUUCUUAAAGAGAAAACUGAAAUUCUUUAAAAACUAGAACAAUUAGAAAAAGAUGGGAACAACUAGUCGUUUGAGGAAAGGAAAAAAAGAUUGAGAAGUCUAGCCAGUGAAAUUUAACGUAAUUUUGAAUGCCCAUUGUCGAGAUGUGGUAAGAAAUAUGGAAGCGAAGGUUCGUUAAACCAGCAUAUAAAACUCAAGCAUCCUGAAUUAGUCAAUAAAGCUUGAUAUUUAUUUUGUUCUAAAUUAAUUGAAUUUAUCAUUCCUUAUUA